AUGCGCAUCGCCAUUCGUGAGCAGCUUGCGGCCCUCGUCCUUCUCGCCGUCCUCGUCUCCCUCGCAAUCGUCUCUAUUCCAACAUGGAUUUACGUCAACCGCUUUGUCGUCGAUAUCGAGCGCGAUGGCCUGCAACUUACAGCUUCUCUCAAGGCGUCCCGGAUUUCGGCGGAGCUUGAUCUUAUUGAAACCAUCGCCAUGACCAUUUCCUCUCGAAUUCUUGUCCAGAAUGCACUCACCAACUACUACAACACUGGCAGGAAUGAGUGGACAGAUGCCCGUGAGGAUCUCGAAAGCGCACUUUCUGUCAGCACGACGUCGGGCUUGCUGCAGAUAAGACUCUAUUCAAGAAACAACACAAAAACCAAAGGCGGCGUUUUGCUCAAUGUGACAUCUCUUUCGCUACCAGAGAUUGAACUCCCCUACAAGGAUUCGGAAGGAUCUAAUGUUUUUCUUGGUGACACUGACCUCGGCUACCCUCCAAGCCUGUUCCCUAAUCUUACAUAUAUUGAUCUCGAAAGGCCGAACAAUGUGCGGAACAACACUACCGCAUAUGCGGCCGAGGCCUUUGACGAUGUUCGAAUUGCUCGCGAUGGAGGUUUAUUGCUCGGUCCUCUGGUUCUCAACGAAUCUUCUUCUCUCUUGUCCGUGACCAUUCCUGUUCGUGACAACAACGAUACUUUUAUUCUGGGCUAUAUGAGCGUUGUCACUCUUGCUCAAUCCCUCACUUCAAUUCAGGAAUCCCGCGAAGGACUGGGCGAGACAGGCUCAGUUCUACUUAUUGGACCAACAGACCGAUCCAACCGCUUCAACAAGACACAGCCAGCAAGCAAUGCCACGUACACCCCUGACCGUGAUGAAUUUGGCAAUGUACUAGUCAAAUUCGUCCUUCCCCCAAAGAGUCCAGAGGGACACAAGGAUCUUCACGAUAUUCAUCAGUUUGUCAGCGAGUAUGGCAACAGGGCAUUUCCGGUAAAGAAUUAUCCAGCAGCAUUCGAUUCAUUCACCAAGCAUUACAAUACAGUCAGCAACGCCAGUUCUCUAAUAAACACCCACAACGAACAAAACGCCCGUGUCGCUGUUGGCUUUGCUCGAACACAGACCCCCCUGGCAAACUGGACAGUCAUUGUCGAGAAAGCCAAAUGGGAAGCGUAUAAGCCGAUAAACACUUUGCGGAAUAUCCUUCUUGGUACUGUCUUUGGUACUGUCGGUUUGAUAGCAUUGAUUAUCGUUCCCUGUGCUCACAUCAGUGUUUUGCCUAUUCGAAAACUCAAGGCUGCCACAGAAAAGUCGAUUAACCCCCCAGGAUACGAAGACUCGUUUAUCGACUCCGACUCUGAAUUCGAUGACGAGAUUCCAAGCUCUGGAGGCCAAUCACGACGAUCAAAAAAGAAGGGACCUAUAGCCAAAUUCAUCCGACGACUUCAGGGCAAAUCGAAUGGACCCAGCUCGAAUCGAGAUGUGGCCCGUCGUAUGUUCAAGAUUCCCGCCAAGGUCGAUGAUCGAAAACACUUUGUCACAGAUGAGCUUACCGAAUUGACACGGACCUUCAACGACAUGAGCGACGAAUUAGUGAAGCAAUAUCUAUCUCUCGAAGUCAAGGUUGCCGAGCGCACCAGAGAAUUGGAGGAGAGCAAGAAGGCUGCAGAGGCAGCCAAUGAGAGCAAGACGUUGUUCAUUGCCAACAUCUCUCAUGAGCUCAAGACCCCUUUGAAUGGCAUUCUUGGCAUGUGCGCCGUGUGCAUGGAGGAGAAUGACAUUGUGCGGAUCAAGCAGUCGUUGAAGACACUUUACAAAUCGGGCGACCUACUACUUCAUCUUUUGGAGGAUUUGUUGAGUUUCUCCAAGAACCAGAUUGGCCAACAACUCAACCUCGAGUUGAGAGAGUUUCGCCUGGCUGAUAUCCGAUCACAAAUCUUGACCAUUUUUGAUAAACAGGUUCGAGAAGGAAAAAUCAAUUUCUCAGUAGAUUUCAUUAGCUCCGAUAAUGUCGAGUUUAGUGCGAGUCCAGAUCGAACAAAUGGCGAGACGAGAUUGCCAGCACUGGGCCCCCAUGGAACCGGAAGACUCAAGGAUAUGUGCUUGUGGGGUGACCAGCACCGUAUACUCCAGGUCAUCAUCAACUUGGUGAGCAACAGUCUCAAGUUUACGCCUCACAAUGGAAGUGUUUCGGUACGCAUCAAGUGUCUCGGAGAAGCAGAAGCACUUGCCGAGAAUGAUAGUCGAGCAUCGUCAAUAUCCAAGAACUCACGAAACAACUCGCGGACGGGACGCCCUCGACAACGUGGAAGCGCCAGCUCGGCGAAUUCAGGAACCUCAGGUCGAAACUCGGCACAAAAAUUCGGCAGCACAGGAACCGCACUUUCUAUCAACCCUAGGGACCCGAAGGCGACGCCUCAUGUGCAAGUCCGUGAGCGAUCACCGACGCCGCCUCCCCCGGGUGCCAAAUCGUAUAUCUUCGAGUUCGAGGUUCAAGACACUGGCCCGGGUAUUCCGGAGCACAUGCAGCAAAAGGUGUUUGAGCCUUUCGUCCAAGGAGAUCUUGGCUUGAGCAAAAAGUUCGGCGGUACUGGUCUUGGGUUGAGUAUCUGCCACCAGUUGGCAGGCCUUAUGGGAGGCUCUAUCAAGUUACGGAGUACUAUGGGCGUGGGCACAACCUUCACUAUGCAUAUUCCAUUGAAAUACGUCAAAGACCGGACUUCAAGCACUGCUUCAAGCAGUGUCAAAUCCCGGCCAACAAGCGUAGAUGCUGGCGAUCUGGAACUGCAGCGAACUGCCCCUAGCACUCCCAAACCUGCCACCGAGACCAAGUCGGCGGGGGCUCUCAACCCUCAACCUCGAUUAGUCGGCCUAAGUCAACCUUAUUUUGCUGCAAACCCUCCAGCUGUCAAGAGUACACAGCAAAAGAUGGCUGAAAUUGACCGUGCCAUGGCGAACAAGAAUGGUCAAAGAGUACGUGUUUUAGUUGCAGAUGAUAACUCGACAAACAUUGAAGUUGUCAGCCGCAUGCUGAAACUUGAGGACGUUUACGAUGUGACCAUUGCAAAAGAUGGCCAGGAAGCAUACGAUCUCGUCAAGGCGACAAUGGAGAAAAACCAGUCUUUCGACGUGAUCUUUAUGGAUGUCCAAAUGCCAAAUGUUGACGGACUACAAAGUACCCGACUUAUUCGAGAGAUGGGUUACAAAUCCCCCAUUGUUGCCCUUACAGCCUUUUCCGAAGAGAGCAACGUCAAGGAAUGCAUCGACUCUGGUAUGGAUGAGUUUCUUGCUAAACCUAUCCGACGGCCAGCUCUCAAGCAAGUUCUCAAAAAAUUUGCGACAAUCCCCGAGGAGCCAGAGAACGAGAAGCGCUCGUCUUCGCUCAAGCCAAAAGCGAGGGUAAACGGUCACGCCGUUCAGCCACAUAAGGAGGGAGAGAAUGGUGCACCGAAGGAGAAGCACUGA